UGUCAUUUACUUAGACAAACUUAACCUCACAAUAAUGUCACAAGUAAACUAUUUUGUGUAAUUUUAGCAAUAAGCUCAAUUUUUGAAGAUGUCUUACAAUUCAGGCGAUGAACAAAGCGAAGAUGGUGAAUUGCGACAGAGUCCGGAAGUGUCGCGUCAAAAAGGAGAAACUAUGGAUUUCAGCUUAUCCGAAGAAGACGCCGAAAACGUCGACUCCCUCGACAUAAAGCCCCCCCAAGCCCGCGUCUCGUCCCAGACCUCCCGCAGCAAACGUCGCGAGGGUCACGAGAGCCGUUCGCAUCACAAACGCUCCGAACGUCACCGCGACGAACGCCAUUCCCACCGCGAGAAACAUCACCGAGAUAAAUCCGCGCGUUCGAACAAAGAACGCGAACAUUACCAGCGCGAAAAAGAGCGCUAUUACCGCGAACAAUUGACAUACAGUGAGAUGCAAUAUUACCGCGACCGUAAGGACGAAAGUUCUAGAUCGCGUCACUCCGACUCACGUAAGUAUGACGAGAAGAAACCGAAAGAAGGACGUAGUGGGGAAAAACAUCGGCGCUACGAAGACGAAAAGAGAGAACGGGGAGAUAAAACAUUACAAGAUUUGAGGGAACGCUUGCUGAGCAAGCGCACGAGUAAAGGAGACGAUGACAUGCGGCUGGAGAAGGGAGAGAAAGAGAGGAAGUAUAAGGAGGAGACGCUUGAUAGCGCGUUGCAGGGAGAAGCGGGGAUGUAUGUCAAGGAGAUUAUCAAUAUUAGUACGGGGGAGGAGAAGAGGCACAAACGGGACGAUAAGAAGGAAGAGGAGAAGUUGACGGAAGAGGAGAAGGCGCAGCAGGAGUUGAGGAAGGAGAAGUUGUUGGAGGCGGAGAGGGAAAUGGCGAGAGUGAAAGAACAAUCGAGGGUGGAGAGGGAGAGGAGGCAUGCGAAACGAAGGCAACAAGAAGAUGAGGAUUUUUAUAGCAAGAGGAUAAGGGUGGAAGAAACGAAUGUUGUUACAGUUUCGGAUAACACGGAUGAAGAAAUCGAAGAAGGUUAUGAGGAGAAUGAAAAGAGUGAGAGGAGUGGAGAGAGUGGGCGGAGCAGUACGAAUUCGAGGCGGUCCGAAAGAAGCGAGCACAGUUCUGAUUCAAGGGAAAGGAGUGUUUCCUCUGAGCGAAAAUCCAGGAGUAGGAGUGCCAGUAGCGAACGUUCGGGUUCAGUUUCUCCAAAGAAUGGAAGAGAAGCAUCAGAAGAAAAAGAAAUAGUUGAAGAAAAAGAGACUAAGGAAGAAACAAAAGCGACAAUUGAUGAACAGCUGCCUCCUUAUUAUCCUGCGGUUCAAGGCUGUCGCUCCGUCGAAGAGUUCCAGUGUUUGAAUCGCAUCGAAGAAGGCACCUACGGAGUAGUGUAUAGAGCCAAAGACAAAAGAACAGAAGAUAUAGUAGCUUUAAAAAGACUGAAAAUGGAGAAGGAAAAGGAAGGUUUCCCUAUAACGUCCCUCCGAGAGAUCAACACACUUCUCAAAGGACAACACCCGAAUAUCGUCACGGUCCGAGAAAUCGUCGUAGGCAGCAACAUGGACAAAAUUUUUAUAGUCAUGGACUACGUCGAACACGACUUGAAGUCCCUCAUGGAAACCAUGCGCCACAAAAAACAAAAUUUCAUGCCUGGCGAGGUCAAAUGCCUUCUUAAACAACUCCUCCUAGCCGUAGCACAUCUCCACGACAACUGGAUCCUCCACCGCGAUCUUAAAACCUCGAACCUUCUCCUCUCCCACAAAGGAAUCCUCAAAGUCGGCGAUUUCGGUUUAGCACGCGAAUACGGUUCCCCAUUAAAAGCCUACACCCCUAUAGUAGUAACUCUCUGGUACAGAGCCCCCGAAUUGCUCCUCUGUACCAAAGAAUACUCGACCCCCAUCGACAUGUGGUCCGUAGGGUGCAUCUUCGCGGAGCUCCUCCUCAUGAACGCGUUAUUUCCCGGUAAAUCCGAAGUCGACCAACUCAACAGGAUUUUCAAAGACUUGGGAACUCCAAGCGAGAAAAUCUGGCCAGGGUUUAAUAAGCUUCCAGCUGUACAAAAAAUGAAAUUUAGCGAGUACCCAGUUUCUAAUUUGCGUUCCAAGUUUAAUAUGUUGUCAGAUUUGGGGUUGAAUUUGUUAACCAAGUUUCUCACGUUCGAUCCCGCGCAAAGAGUGACGGCGGAAGAGGCGCUGCAGCAUCAGUACUUUAAUGAGGCGCCUUUGCCUAUUGAUCCUGCGAUGUUCCCCACGUGGCCGGCGAAGAGCGAACUGGGGCAGAAAAGGGCGCUGGCUGCGAGCCCCAAGCCGCCAAGUGGCGGCGGAGAAUACAAGAAAUUGGGGCACGAAGAUGACGACGGUUACGGAUUUCGGAUAGGAGGGAUUGACAACAGGAGAAUGGGAGGCGGGUUCAGUCUCAAGUUCUAAGAAUAGUGGAUAAUUUUAUUUAAUAUAUUAUUAUAAGUAGAAAGAA